UACAUACAUUGAAUCAUGGUGAAUUUACCUCGACCCGUAGAACAGGUCGCAAGGCCCGUGGGAGAGAGAGGCAGUGACCGACACCAAGGCACGCGCAGUCACCACCAGUGGGGCGCGCGCUACGGGCGACGCCGCGAGCAGAUGCGGCAACGGCCCGAGCCAGCCACGCUGCUCGAGCUAGAGCACCUCGCCGCCAAGACCGUCGCCCUUAUGGAGAAGUACGCGCCCAAGUCGGAGAACAACUUCCCCAUGGCCAUGCAGCUGCUGCGGUUGCAGCAUAAUCUCCAUUUCAUGAUGGUUUGCGAGAAUUGUCACGGCACACACAACUACGACGAGCUCCUAGCCCCCGAGCGGUGA